CUUGUCCUCUCAUCAUUCCAGCUUGACCAUCUUCCCCGGAUCCUCCAUAUCCCGCCUCGACCACGCUACUGAUCGCGCAGUCCAGGACUACAAAUCGCCCUACACUUGGGAGACGCAUGAUCGUAUGCUAUCUUCACCCAAACAUCAUGGAUCCAUUCCGACAGUAAUAAUUCUUUCGCGCCCACUCCCCUCCGUGCGCAAUCCUCCCAGACGGAAUCCUUCGCCAUCCGCGCCCAUCGAGCUCGUCCUUUGUGAGGGACCACCAUAACUGCGAAUCCGCGGUCAGCGAAAAUGAGUACCGCCGGUGGCUUGGUCGUCCGAGCCGUCGACCUUCCUAAUCCCGAUUAUCGUUCGCCAUCGGACCAGACCAGACCCACCGACGUGGAUCCCUCAAUAUCCUUCGCUUUCGCGUCCGAAAGCAUCGUGACUUUGUCCACCACCGGUACGGACGGCUCCGAUGUCACCGGUUAUCUCUAUGUGCCGAAUCUGGCGUCCGAUGAUCCUUGCAACAAUCUGAGUGCGCCAUAUAUCCCGGCCAACGUGACCCGACAAGCAAACUUGCCCGGUUCGAGUUCUUUCAUCGACCUCAUCGGCCUGGCGCCCUGGAUCAGCUCACAAUGCACGUUGAACUACUUCGCCGCCGCCCGAGGAGAUCCCAUCCGGGGUUUCAUCUUCUUCCCUCCUACGAAUAGUACCAUGUCGCCCCCUGAUGCCAACUCGUCCGCUUGGGACCUCGGCGACAAUGGCGCAUGGAUGAGGGACAACAAGUACCCGGUUUGGGCCAUCAGUGGCCUCGAUGGUGUUCGGAUCGCCCGUGCGAGCGGGCAGUACAGUGGCAACCUGACGCAAGCCCCCUACGGGUCAAACUUGAGCACUUUGUACGAUGCUCGAGAUUACGUUCGCCUGGCCUCGCGCGUACUCAUCGAACCACCCUUCACAUAUCCAUCCCUCUGGGUCUUCUUGAUCAUAGUACUCGGAAUUUUGCUCGCGAUUGUCGCAUUGACCAUCCUGAUCAUGCAAUACAUACAGCGACGAAGGCGUCAGUCUCUACGACGUCGUGUUGCCAAUGGCGAAGUGGACCUGGAGGCCCUUGGUAUCAAGCGGCUCACCGUCCCGCAAGACGUACUGAAUAACAUGCCGCUAUACGCAUACGGGAGCACCGCUCCUAUCCGCCCGUCUCCGCCAAAGACUGCGGUCACCCAUGUCGAGGAGAAAUCCGAGAGCAACGAAGCAUCGAAUUCGGCCAACCAGGCAAAUCCGACACAGCGAGCUGCUAACCAGUACACGAGCUCGUUCAGUCCUUCGCCGCUUUCACAACCCACCUGCGCCAUCUGUCUCGAUGAUUUCGUCGCCGCGCAACCCGCUCAAGGGAUCCCCGCCACCAUAGUCCGGGAACUUCCAUGUCAACACAUCUUCCACCCGGAAUGUGUCGACGCCUUUCUGAGCAGCAGCAGCAGCCUCUGUCCGAUGUGCAAGAAGAGCGCUCUCCCGCGCGGCUACUGUCCUCGUCUGGUCACGAACGCCAUGGUGCGCCGGGAACGCAUAGUACGCCGCAUCCGAGAACGCGUCGACGGGAGCGAGCACCAGCACCCCGGAGGAUCCCACGACGGCAACCUCCCCGGUCUGUCCCGAUCGAACACCUUCCACGGCUUCUACGGCCGCAUGCAGCACCGGGUCGAUUCCCGCCUCUCCCAACUCCGCCGCGCUCGGACCCGGAACGACAGCCUCAGCCACGAAGACCACGAAUUCGGCCAGCCCAUGACGGACAUGCUCCCGCCUUCUUCUUCUUCACCAGGCCAACCGCAGCACCACACGAGUUCCCCGAACAAUGACCACGCGAGCGCCGCCCCGCCGUCGAAUCCCAACGGAAGACGGGAAUGGGCCCGGCAGCGCGCUCUCGCAAUGCUGGGCCCUCGACCCGCGCCCAUGGAUCCCGACGCGGAGGAAGCCCGACGGAUACCGGCCUGGAAGCGGACGAUGAGGAACGUGUUUCCGGUCGGACGGUAAAACGUCAAUCUCUACUGGCUGUGCAAAAGGGAGUGGUUUUUCGCAGGCCGGGCAUAGCUAGACCACAAGGCGAUGAGGAUGACGACUCACGAGUUGACGAUGAGGAAAACCUUGGGAAUUCGAAACAUGUGUAUGAAAAGACCAGUCGCAUUUUUCUACUGCAUUGCAUGUGUGUAGCAUUGAAUUUAAUACCCCCUACCAUUGAAAGUAUAUACGAUUUUGGUACCAAUUUGCGCGAAAUGAGUUCAUUGCAUCUCCGAUCGGGAGC